AUGGCGUUAGAAGAAGCCUGCACCUCACUUGCUUCCUCGAUCCAAAAAUGGGGCAAGAAAUUCACCCGCGAGACGAAUGCCGAGAUGGUGGAUUUGAUCACUAAUAUACAUGAGAUUGAGGGGAAUGAUUAUUCGGGUGUCAGUGUGGAGAAGGGCAUCACGUAUGGGGAGGAGGAGAGGCAGAGGUUGGAUGUGAGUGAAGCAAUGUUCUCAAUCAAAGUGGGAACUCGAUUUGGCUAG